AUGGCUACACCGAAAAAAUUUUCUCAAUCUUCUCAACUAUGUGUCGAAAAUAUAUUUCGUCCGAUGGCUGCAAAGUGUAACAUAUACUCGGAAAAGAGAGAAGACGACUAUGGCAUCUCACCUGAUAGUAAAUUAGCUGAUUUAUACAACGAAGACGAACUCACAUCGGUGUACUAUAAUAAUCUGGAAGAAUUAGAAAAGGUACUGAAAAGCGAUAUUCAUGCAUGCUUCGGGAAAUGGUCAAUAUUUGUUGCGGCUGUCCUAAACCGUCGAUGUGAAGAAUUGACAAAUGUUAUUCCCCCAGUAUAUUUUCACAAAACGAAAAAAUGUGACAUUAACCAGUUGAUUAAAGUUAUAAAUGCAACCCCAGGUCUGUUUGUAAUGUUUCACUAUAUAAAGCAUAGAAUCAUGAAAUAUUGUUGUCCAAAAGUAAUUAAUUUAAUGCAUUGGGUUUUAGUAAUUAACUCAGAACCAACACUUCGUACAGUGAAGUGUGAUGAGUUACUUUGGAUUUUAUCAGACGUUAAGUGUACUAAAGAACUGGAAACUCCAAUAUACGUUUUCGAAAUUAUGUAUCCAAAAGCAUCUAGAUUGAAAUUACUCUUCCGAACUAGAGCGGUAGGACAUAACACUUAUUACGGUUUUUGUGGUUAUCCGAUGGAUAGGUUAUAUGAAACCUUAUUUAAGGGUAUGCAUUUAGUUCAAGGAGCAGUUCACCUGAGAAAUGAUUUAUCAGAAAUUUUUAAACGUACUACUGGUAAAUGUAAUGGAAACAGAACUUUAAGUGGACUGCUGACACGAUGCGUUGCUAUGUGUCAGUACGUUGAUGAUGAAAAAUAUAUAAACCACCAUCACGAGCCUAACACUUCAGAAAUACAUACAUUUUGCUUAAGAGAAGAUAUAGUCCUACCACGUUAUUUGUUUUUCUAUGGUGAAAAAGUGCAAUCAACGCCAUCUUCAGACAUCGACGAGAGCAUUAAAGCAGUAGAAAAGCAAUUGCAUGAAGAUAACGACAAAUACUGGACUAUAGGUUGCCUUCUGGCAAUUGCAACUGUUGCGGUUUGGUUUAAUUUUAAUUGA